AUGGCACAGCCCGCUCGGCUACCGCUUUUGCCGCCCAAAUUCGUAGAGCAUUCUCUUGAACACGCGUCCUUCUCAGAACCCAGUUCAAGUCAAAUGUGCAUACCUCUUCAGGCCAGAAAACUUGAGAGGGAGUCAGAAAACUCGGACUUGGAAGCCGACACCCGAGGCACCAGUUGGAGCACUGCGGCCAUCGGGACUGAAUGCAGCGUAGAGGAUUUACCGGAUCACAUUCCCGACGUGUUGAAACGACGAAUGAACAGACCGCCAGCAGAACCCCGUGUGUUAGCCCCAGAAGAAUUGCAUGGGCCUGUUGCCUUUCCCGCUACCACUGAACGCCCAUGCGUGUUUCGCCGUGCAAGCGGGGAGCCCGGCGGCUCCGCAGCCUCGCCUUUCCAGAUAGAUGACGAUAUCGCGUCUUGUCAAGAGGAGGAAGACGAAGAGCGCGGAGAGAGCUACACUUUCAGGCGAGCAGUCCAAGAUGAGAGGGAAUUCGGCAUGGGGUCGCCGAGGCUGUUUCCUGGUGACGAAGCGCCUUUGUACCAGACCGAUUGCUACCAGGUCACCAACGGGUUUAUCUCCGGCACCUUUUCCCCAGCGAAGACGACACGAGAGCUAAACCUUCCUCCGUCUCCGCGUUCACUAGAAAGUUAUAGUGAUGAGGAAACUUUCACAGGCGGCCCACGCUCAAAGCGUGAAACCUCGCUGUUCCACACGAUCGGUGGACCGGUUUUCAGUCCCCGCGGAGAUUCGAGCUCUCUAGCCAUCCAUGUCGCAGUGAUGGACCCUCAUUCUACCCUUUGUGUUGAUCCCUCUCCGUUCACAUUCCGAGGGCCUUCUCGACAGGCACGCUCCCCGUACGCCUCUGCGGGAGUUUUGUUUAAAUGCAGCAAUCCAAAAGACGUUAACCGAGUUCGUUUCAAGCAACACCCCCUGUGUUUGCCACGUUCUCCGCUACGUUUCAGUACCUCUCUCGCUUUCCCGACGAAAGGUCUUUCUCCCGGAAAUCUUCAGUGGUCCCUUUUGCCUUCGCAUUCUGUUGGCAAGGCGCGGGGGUGUCGCCCCACUCGGACCUCUGGAACUCACUUGCGCCGUUCCGUCUCCACUUGUCAACGCCAAGUCGUGCCCUCAGAGGAGACAGGCGGUAACAGGCACCAGAAAGUUCCGCACCUGUCCAUCCCAAGCGGAGCAGCCGCUAGGAAUCGCCUACCGUCACGAAGUCAUACCAGCAACCUCUCCUCCAGGCCUUUGUCUUGCCCCCCACGGCGAGCUGCCGAUCGCAGGGGUUCUGAUUAUGCACAAUCUCGCCUUGUGUUUCCUGCCUCUCACCAACCUGGGCAGUCUACAUAUCGCCGUUACCUUCCUGACGCAGACGACUUUAUCUUGCCUACCGAUGGUUACUCGACGCCACUUCUUCGGCAGCCCGUGGCAACGCCUCGUGUCUCAAUCCAUCAAGAGAAAAAAUGCUCGACGUCGGCGCGAGGAGUGAGAGCAGGACGUUCCACAGGCACGAACCAUACUCCGAAACUUUCGUCUUGCAAGAAAGUGUCUGGGCCGGAGACCAAGGGUCCACACACUCGGGCCCAGACGAAAGGAGUGGAAACUGGCUCGGCCGAUAUCGGUGGCUUACGUGAGCCUGCCAGGUACCGAUUCAGCCCCACCGUGAACAGCUCUCCGACAAGAAGGUGCCUUGGAUCUGCAGGACUCGGAAGAUUCGAGACGGAGCUAACGGAUCGAGCUUUAAAAUACGAAGCAAGGCACCAGAAUAUAACGCGCUCCGGAUCGGCUCAAGGGAAGCCAGGAACCUUGCUGUCAGCUACCGCUCCGGAUUCAUCGAAUGCUGUGUUUGAGGACCUCGCAGAGGCUCAGUAUGACCUAGCGGCUGGCGCAGCCACGGGCGGGGGUCGUUUCCGUGACCCUUCUCCCGCUGACCAGCGUCAAGUGCAGAGUCCUUUGUGUCCGAAAGGCCCGGUUCUUGCCGAGGACGUGUGUGGAAUCUCCUCUCCAUCUGGCUUGUCAGCGCGGAGAUUGACUCGCCGGUACUCUGAAGGAUUCGCUGAAGAUUCACACGAGAAUCUCACGGAGGAUGGAAGAGACGUGGAAGACGCCCACAACAGUCAGGAUGCUCCCCUUACAGCUAGAAAGGCGAAGCAGACGGAUUCAGCCGCCACCCCCCGUGGCUCGACCGCGGUGUUCGCUCGCACAUCUUCGCCCUCCGGGCACAUGCGUGGCGUGGUUCGAACUGGCGUGAGUUCUGUCCCGAAACAGGCGACGAGUAUGGCUGGGAUGCGGAGGGAAUCUCGGCGUGCGUCGAUACCGGGGACAGGGAGACAGGAGCCCGAGAGCAGCCGUCCAGAGGCUGCAGAUCCAGGUGUCUCUUCGCCCUCGAGGGGCGGCGCGGUCCGAGGCAGACCGCCAGUGGAUCCUUUGGCGCUUGCCAUUCACGCCAAGUUGCUCGAGUCCGGCAUCAUUCCCGGUCCGCUCUCGCUGUGGCCUCGAGGGCGGCCUUCGUCUCCGGGAGUCGGCAAACGAUCCAACUCCGCAAGUGGCGAACCGUCAGCGGACCCGUGGCAGCUCCUCGCCGCGGCCCUCGCGCAGGUGACAGCGCGCAACGCCGGGUCGCCGACCAGAAGUCGGACAUCGCGGUGGAUGGAGGGUGCGAGCACCGCGCGAAGCCAUUGCCAAUCCCUGCCGUUCAAGUCGCUGUACUCAGUGAACCGCAGGGACUUGGGGUUCGCUGAUCGCUUGGCGCCAAGUACCGAAGCCAAAGCGCCUUGGGAAAGCGACGCCGGAACAAGUGCGAGACGCCUUUAUUGCGAAACAACAGAGGUCAUCACGCAUGACGGAAUCGCCGACUCGUGCAGCUUAACAGACAUACUGGAGGAUGUAGACCCCUGCAUGAGUCAGCCGGGGUCUCUUGCAGGGGAACUGUUGACGCCUCUGGCAUCCAGCACGUUGUGUCCGGCCGCGACUGCGGGAGCGUCGGUUGCGUGCGGUGGACAUACAGCAGACAGAGCUGAGAGGACGAAACCGAACCCGUCUGAAGGGACCAAGCAGUCCGGCGGCCCGGAUUCCCAAGCCAAGGCGACUGCGGCGGGUCCUCGAGCUCGGAUGCCUCUUUCCGUUCCGUCCUCGGGGAGGUUGUCAUGCAGACGAAAACCAGAAGGCGUGACCGGUGCCAGAUCAGCAGCGCGUCCGGGCCCUGGCACAAAGCUCGUGCAGAACAGACAAUCUGCCUCGUCGCAAGAAAAAGGAUGGGUUGAAAACCCGGAUGGUUUCAGCAAGUUUUUCUGUUUGCGCUGGCUGCCGGAUGCCGCGACACUGGGCCAACUGAGGGAGCAGCACAGGGCGGAGAUCGUUGCCUCGGCACCUGGUGUCCAAAUCACGCCUUCGGCGCCCGCGAGUUCAUCCGCUGCAGCGGCAGAUCCGAAAUCAAAAAAGGCCACAGCAACUGCCUCCUUCGACGCGUUCGAUGCGGAGAAACUCCUGCCCUACCAGAUCGUGAACAAGUUUCCUGACACAACGGGUCUAACCACAAGGGUUGGCUUGUUGAAGAAUUUGCGCGCCUUCACGCCCUUCCUUCUCGAUAAGCCGCAUGUUGCGAUUGUGCCCCGUACCUACAUUCUGAACGACGAAGACGAAGUAACCGCAUUUCGAGUGGACUAUAUUCUCACGAGAGCUGAAGCUACUCUUAAACUUUUUCUUCUGCGUUGGGCGUAUUCCUUGCCGGAGGCGACCAGGCAGAUGAUACUCGUCUCUUCCAAGGGGGGUCUCCAGCCUAGUCCAACAGUGGAAGUUACCGUUCUGCCUGCUCCGGCAGCUGACCCGCCUUUGGCAGGGGAUGGGGACAGUGCCGUAGACAUUUUCCUCUCUAACAUCUCGAGCACGGAAUGCAGCAGCCCUCGCGACGACCAGGAGACUCCCGGAGACGAGCCCUCAGACUGCACGGGAGGCUCUGCUGCCAGCAGCAACGGGGGGCCUGAGGUGUCUGUGUCAAAAGACAACGGGCCGUCGAUGCAUCCGUCACGAGUCAGCUUAUGCAGUGUGCUGUCUGAAAUCGUUCUGUUGGAGGAAAACGCCGAGGCAGCUACAACGAAAGAAGAGUUACUGCUUGGUGCCGUGAAGAGCGCGCUACCAAAGCUGGCUCCGAGGGCAGUCAAGGCUGCCAUCUACGCGGCGGACAGAGCCCGAGCUCACCGCUCUCGGGCCGCUGUUCUCCUGGAUUGCCCGAUCGUCAGUGAAACAGAGCAGGCACGCCUCGAAGAGACGCCCCUCCACUUGCUGGCCGGCAUCGACACCGAGAAGGCCGACGCUGUAGUCGAAGCACUCUUGGCUGUUAUCGGCGACACUGAUGGAGAGGCGGCUGCUGAUCGAACCUCAACUGAGCCGUCCGAGGAGACCGAAACUUCAGGCAACGUCGAGGGAGACAAGCCCCCCUUGCCGGUCGCCCCGCAACUUGUCAGAGAAGCUGCUGACGCCCUGCGAUGGCUGCGCAAGCGAGGACGAGAACAGUGGAGCCUUAACGGAUGGUCAAGCGCCUGGGUGUUGAAGUCUGCUUGCAACUCAAAGGGGGCUCCGCCGGCAUCAGUUUGCCAUCGCCUUGCAGAUAUCGAGAAGAUGAUUCGUGGGAAAUACCGACCCCAGUUGCUCAUCCAGAAACUAGUGGAAACACCUCUUACUGUUAACGGCAAGAAGUUCGAUAUCCGGAUGUUUGCCCUCGUCACGUCCUGGAGUCCGCUGACGGGUAAACAUCGUUUGAUUUCUAACUCUAGUGGGUGUCUGGUUGUACAAGGCGGCGCUGGUCCGGGUUGCAGAGGGAACGAGGGGUAUCCGGGGCUGCAAGUCUACGACGCCGAGAACGUAAGCUCACAUACGAUAUGUUCUUGUUUCCCGCUCUGUACGAUGGAGGUGAAGCUGGAAUCAUGGAUGGUUCAGGGCGGUGAUAUCAAUUUCAUCAUCGAGUAUCCCCCGCGCCUGGCGAAAUAUGGACUUCUGAAUCUCUGCAACAGCUCUUGCAAAACUCCCGCGGAGACGACGUUUGGAGUUCUUCAAUUUAUCCUCAAAUGCGGAAAGUAG